AUGUCUAGCAAGGAAAAAACCAAAAUGCAAGUGGCCAAUCAAGUAAUUUGUGAAAUAAUUGACAAUUUGAGAGAAUUUGAAAGAUUGGGAAUUGUUUUAUUCGAUCACAAGGCCGAAACUUUACUUCCAUUAACAAUCGUUCAAGAUUUAGAUAAGAAAUCACUCAAGGAAACUGUUCUAAAGAUUGAAGAGCAGGGAUCUACAAAUUUUGAAGCUGGUAUGCAAAGAGGAAUCGAUUUAUUUUCCACUCUAGAUUCGUCUGAUUUAUCCAAUUCUAAUAGAAUCAUUUACUUGACAGAUGCUUGUCCAAACGUGGGUGGAACUGACACUCUCGAUAUUCUCACAAAAGAUGCAAACUCUGGUCCGUACAAUAUCUUUUCAACUUUUAUUGGAAUUGGUUUAGAUUUCAAUUCGGAUAUUGUGGAAGAAUUGACUCGAGUUCGUGGUUGUAAUUAUUUCUCUGUUAGAUCAACUGAGGAUUUUACAAAGAUUUUGAAUCAGGAUUUCAAUUAUAUUGUAACACCGAUUUGUUACAAUGUCAAGUUGAGUUUGGAAUGUGAAAAUUAUGAAAUUGAAAAAUGUUUUGGAACAAAUAUGGCGGGAGAAUCAACUGGCGAGAUUAUGAAAGUUGAUACUUGUUCUGCAAGUCAAUUGGAUGAAAGAGGUGUUAAGGGAGGGAUGGUUUUAUUAAGAUUGAAAGCAAAGAAUGAUUUUAAAGGAGAAUCGAAUGUGAAAUUAACACUUUCCUAUGAAACUAUUGAAGGAAAGAAGGUCAGAGAUGAGAAGCAAGUUAAAAUUGAAUCAAGUGAUCAACUUGGAAAUUAUUACGAAACUAAUGGAAUUCGAAAGGCCAUUGCAUUGGUUAGAUAUGUUGAACAGGUGAAGGGUUAUUUGAUGGAAAUGAAGAAUGGGGAAACAAAACAUGAAGGAUGGAAUUCAAAAUUCAAUCAAUUAUUGAACCAUUUCACCAAUGAAGUGCAAGAAAUUGGAGACGAAACCAUGAACGAACAUGUUGACUCUCUUAAGAAAUUAAUUAAAUUUUCCACUGUUGUUAGAAAAUAA